AUGCCACGCAAAGCCCCUCAGUACGACGACUACCGCGUCGCUGUGCAGCAGAUCAUACUCUCUUCUUCGGAUACAGAUUACCUCGAUCAGCUCAUUCCCGCCUUAAAAGAUGCCACAAACUCUGGCCGGACGCCGGGACUCAUGCAGAGUUUGUCGCAAUACGCAGCGGAGCGUGAAGCCGACAUUGAACAAGUUGGCAUGACGAAGCACGAUGAAUUCCUUACGUCCGUCAAUCAGCUACAGCAAGUCCGCGAGGGGACAAUGAAUCUUACUUCAGAGAUCCUGAAGCUCAACCAGUCCAUACAAACAAGCACAGAAAAAUUAGCUGCUCAGAAGCAAGCUUUGGUAGACACCAGAGCUGUACGCCAGAACAUUGCAGAAGCCUCGGAAGCCUUAAAAGAAUCCCUCAAGAUAUUGCACGCAGUCAACCAGGCUCAUGAUUUGAUUCGGAAGAAGAAAUAUUAUGGAGCUCUCAAGGCGUUGGAUGAUUUACAGAACGAGUAUUUGAUUCCUACGAUUCAAAACAAAUAUGCGACUCAGCACAAGCUGGCAGAAAUCAUACAACAAUCUAUUCCCUCGUCACAAAAGGCUAUCUCGGAGGCUGUUAUGAGUGAUCUCAAUACUUGGUUGUACAGGAUCAGAGAGAUGUCACAGUUCCUGGGGGAAGUUGCCUUUUACCACACCGAAUGCAGGAGGAAACGGCAAAAGGAGCGUGUGGAUGAGAAUGAAUAUUUGCAGAACUUCAAGCUGAACUCUGCCAUCGAAUUGGUGUUUGACGAGAGCGAGGAGUUUGACGUCUUAAACAACGACGAGCUGAUAGUCGACUUCACUCCACUUUUCGAAUGUAUACAUAUCCACGAGGCUCUUGGACAGACGGAUAAAUUCAGAGCGGAAUAUGCUGCUACUAGGAGACAACAGAAAGAACUUUUGCUUCCAACGUCUAUUGAUCUCCAAGCAGAUGAUGAAACGAGUCUUAGUACUUUGCUAGAAAGUAUAGCUGGCUUUGCAAUCAUUGAGAAAGCCACCAUGAGGAGAGCGCACAAUCUUAGGUCUCCGGUCGAGGUUGAUGAGCUCUGGGAUUCAAUGUGCAACACGGCUAUCAAGCUUAUUACUAAGGCUCUCAGCAAGAUCGACAAUGCGGAUGAUCUUCUGAAGACGAAAGGGGUUAUCGCUCUUUUCAUACAAACCAUGCAGGGGUGGUCGUACUCUGUGGCGGCAUUGGACAACUUCCUCCUUGUGAUAUUCGAGAAAUAUGCGGAAUUGCUGAAGAAACGAUUCAGCGAAGAUUUCCAAGAAAUUGUCGCUACCGACGAUUAUAUGCCGAUGCCAGUUGAAAAUCUGGACGAGUAUGACAAAGUUAUCAACUCCUUAGAUGAGCUCUUGUCUGAAAAAGUGUGCAAAUCACUUGUCGAACGGCUGAGUGUCCAAUAUCUCGGCCAAAUCGUCCAGAUUCUCAUCAACCUUGAACACUUCGAGAUAGCCUGCAAAGAACUCGAACAGCUCCUAAUCGCAGCACGUUCUUCAACCUCAGCCGGCGGCCCCAUUGUUCUUAACGCGACAUCCGAAUUCCGAAGCAACAAGAAAACCGCCGAAAAACGGAUCUUCGAGCUCGUCAACUCCAAAAUCGACGACCUGGUCGGAACGGCGGAGUACGACUGGAUGGCUCCAACCCUCCAGACCGAACCCUCGGGAUACAUGCAAACAAUGACACGCUACCUCUCUACCAUCAUGAACAGCACCCUCCUCGGCCUCCCUCGAGAAAUCAAGGAGCUCAUUUACUUCGACGCGCUCGCUCACGCCGCGGCCAUGAUCCUCGCUCUUACGCUUGAAGCUCCGAAAAUCAAUCCCCAUGGCGUUGCCGCGUUGGCGAAAGAUGUGUCUUUCCUAUCUGACUUCGUGGAUACGCUGGAGAAUCCAUUCUUGCUCAAAGAUACCCUGGAGGAGUUGCAGCAGACUGUGCAGCUUAUGCAGACUGAUAAUCCUGAUGAGUUUUAUGACAUUGGGGUGAGAAAUCGAAAAUUUGGACGAGUGGAUGCUAUGAAUGGCCCGCUGAUUUUGGAGAAGCUCACUCAUACCGUACAAAGCCCGACAGUCAGGACAGGAGGUAUGGCAGCAAACUUCUCCUCCCGCUUCGGACGAGGCUAG